GCAAAGGGAAGCGUCUAAAGUCACGAGAGCAGUGACAUAAAAACACGAAGUGUAAUAUUUUGCAACAUGAGUAUCAUUCCAAUAAAGUUUUACUUGUAAAAUUCUACUGGACGUGUGUGUGUGUGUGUGCUUCCUGGAUGAGUUUAGUUGACAGUUCAGCUACAGAAAGUUUGGGAACGAGUGAAUUGUAGAUGAUGAGAUAUUUGAAAUGUUCUCGGUGGUGGAGUGUUGAAGCCUAGAGGUCAGACCUCCAUCACUGCCGCCUGGUGCGGAAUGGAGUCGUCAUCCUCCCAUCUGUUGACCGGCCGGUUCCAUUUGAUUCGCCAUAACGCUUUAAAACACGACAUCUAAAAACUCAAACGCCUCCUUGCCUCGUUGUUCGGCCCGUGCUUUGGUCUUUCUUUGUGUUAACAUCGGAUAUUACAAACUGUGCGUUGAUCCGGACAAGACUGCGAACAAAGAACACAGCUCAGAUGCGCUAAAAGCCAGCCAAUUCCACCUUAAAUGCCAUUUGCGUCUGUGGUUGCGAUCUAGGCGCCAUCUUCGGUCCACCUUAAGCGCACAAUGUGGCCAACGAACGCAAGCGUACCAGCCAGGCUUCCGUCCUCAUUCUCCAGCCGGGGAUCGCACUCUGGCUUCCCAGCGUUGACACAGCGUCACUUGUGAAACAACAGAGGGGGGAAAAGACGCACUCGGGCCAAACCCCAUCCGCACCAGCAGGAGAAGAUGUCCGAGCCCAAUAAGUACCGGGAGUGGAUCCUGGAAACAAUCGACUCUCUCCGCUCCAGGAAAGCCCGUCCGGAUCUGGAGAGGAUUUGUCGAAUGGUCCGGAGACGACACGGGUCAGACCCGGACCGAACCAGGACAGAACUGGAAAAACUGAUUCAAGAGCAGACGGUGCUCAAAGUUAGCUACAAGGGGUCCAUCUCGUACCGAAACGCGGCGAAGGUGCAGAGGAAAAGCAGAAAGAAGAGUGAGUUCACGGCUGCUGCUGCUGCUGCUGUCAGCAGCGGCGCGGAGGCAGCGAGGGAGCGGACCAAACACGACCAUCUGAACAACAACGGCGACAGUGCGCACAGCUUCAGCGACCAGGAGGAGGGAGAGGAGGACUCGGAGCCCAGCCCAGAUCCCCACACCCAAACAUCAGCCAGCACCAGCGACAAGAAGCUAAAGCCUGCCUCCAGCCCCAGUAGCGGAAACGGGUGUCUCAGCUGUGGCGCAACAACGGGCUGCGAUGUCGGGAGCGGCUGUACUGAGGAGAAAGCAAGUGCACCGAGCGGCAAGGGAUUAGGACAGCAGGGAGCGGGGCACUGCCCGCCGCCCGGUGUCGGCCAAAGAACAAGCGCACACGACGGCGGUGAUGCCAGCAGGAUAACACCGAGCAAAGCCGAUGCAGUUCGCGGAGGGAAAGAGCCGGGUUUGCCCGGGGCUGACAACCUGAACAAAACUUGCUCAGGGAGUGUCAGAAACCUCCCUCAACAACAGAGACAGAAGCAGGCUGUGCCCCUCAAGCCCAAACUUCGAGUCGGAGGAGGGGGCUCCAAAACAGCGGGGAACCACGCCAACUCCGACCUGGGCGACAGAGUGGUGGCUUCUGUUCGCAGCCUGUCCGAGAGGAGCCUCCGUGGGGGCUCCGCCGCCGCGACCAGAGGCCACAUGAAGCCGCUCGGGCUGAAGGAGAUUUUGGGCUAUCUGAGCAGCCAGGACCGGCUGUCGGAGGAGAAGCUGACCCGAGGCAAAGUCAAAGUGGUCAUGGAGAGAGAGGUGGCGAGGGGAAGGCUGCGCAGGACCCGCUGCGGGAACAUUACUCUUCCUCUGAGGGGGAUGGUGGUGGAGGAGCCGAUGCCGAAGAAUGCGUCCGCUGACAGACUUGUGAAGAGCGCACUGCAGGACAAGCACGCUGGCAAAAAGCCGCCGUCCCCCUCUGUCCAGGAGAAUGAGCCAAUGGAAGCAGCCAGUGGUGAAGAAGAGCAACGGGAAGAGAAUGAGGAAGAGGAGGAGGAGGAUCAUCCCCAGAGCUCUGAUGAGGAGGGAGGACUAUCCCCGGUAACCAUGACAACCGAACCAGAGCUCAUUGAGAAAACCACAGAAGAUGCUGAGAUCCAGACAGUAUCAAAGCAGCAGAGCCCCCCGCAGCAGCAGCAGCACGAUGGCAAAGGUGUGCCUACAUGGAUGUCCGGGUCUGACCCCCUUACCAGGACGCCUUGCCCACCUGUUCAGGGAGCUUCCCUGUCACAAUGUGACAGUGCACACUUGGAGGAGAUAGCUGUCGCCCCUGAUCAGCAGCAUAUGGAGGCACAAAAUCAGAUGCAGCACGACAGAAUCAACCAUACCUCCUCAGGCUUUAACAGCCCAGAGUCUAAGACAGAGAUUGGCGUGUCAUCCUGCCUGCUCACACCCACUGCCUCUCCGAGAGACUCCGGCAUGUCUGAGGAACGAGGGAUAAACGGAGGAGUUAGCAUUGAAGGGUUUAUGAAGUCUGAGGGGGCCAUUGGGAACCCAGUCGACUGGACUGUGUCUGAUGUGGUCAGUUAUUUCACAGCAGCAGGUUUCCCCGAGCAGGCUACUGCCUUCAGGACCCAGGAAAUCGAUGGCAAGUCUCUUCUCCUCAUGCAGCGAAACGAUGUUUUGACUGGCCUGUCAAUCAAACUCGGCCCCGCCCUCAAGAUCUAUGAGCGUCAUGUAAAGGUUCUGCAGAAAACGCACUUUGAGGAUGAGGACUGCUAACAACAAACACAUGAAAUACACACAAAGACUGUUAUGUUUGUAUUUACAUAUAGCUAAAGUAAUUCUAUAAAAAUGUAUGCAUGAUAUACACUUUUCAUCUUAUGUCAAACACACAAACACACAAACACACACACACACACACACACACACACACACACACACACACACCUCUGUUUCUCUUCCACAUGGCCCUCUAUGGCUGGUCCAGAAAGGACACGCAGAUAUGAGACUGGAUUUCCUGGACAACAAUGGUUUUCUACCAAAGAGAGCACAAAUGUUGGAGGGAGAAAGUAGACUCAUAACAUUUUAAGCAGAGGUUUAAAAAAAAAAAGAAAAAAAGAAAGAAAGCACUUUGCAAUUUCUCAAUUAAACUGUGCAAGAUGUUUUGUUUUUUAGCUAUUUUUUUUUUGCGCUGACCUUUUUGCACAUUUUGAAAGUGUAUUCUGUGUGGAUGUAAAUUUGGGUUGGAUUUUGAGGCCGUGAUGCAAGCGUUUCUCAGUUGUGGGUGUGUGUUUGUCAUGUCAUGUGCGUGUACAGUACUGUAUGUGUGUGAAGGCUUGACAGAGCAUGUUGGAUUGAACAGAAACAAAUUAGGAGUUGACCAGAUUAAAUACAUUCCCAGGAGCGGGAGUUGAUGUUUGGGAUACUGACCCAUCAUAGUCGUCCUAUAGGUCUAAAUAACAUCUGGGUUUGAGACAGCGUGCAAAUGGUCUUUAGUCAAAGCAAUAAGCUGAUUAUUCCCCCCUAGAUGAUCGAGAGGGAUCUUGUCAGCUCUUAGAUCUGCAGGUGGUUGACUUUGUGUAGCUUAAUGUUUCAGAUGAAAAUCCAUGACGUAGACUUGUUCAUAAUGUUUUGAAACAGCAUCACCACAUCAGGUGCCGGUUUCACAAAGCUAGAUCUAACUAGUCAGACUUCAGAUAAACAAAACUCUCAAGUUCUUAAAUAGGACUCAUUUGCAAUGAAUUUUGGACAAAUUAAGACCUUUUUUCAUACUAAAAAAACAUGGCUGACUCAUGCUCAGCUCCGUGCACUCCAGCAGAAAAUGUUUUGUGGAUGGAUUCAGCAUUUAUAAGGUUAUUUCUUUCUGGGGAAAUUCAGCAAAGAGUGCAACUAUACAACAAUAUCGAUUAGAAUAAAGACACAUGUAGCAGAGCCGAGGUGCUGUGGUUUCUUCAUAUAGCAGGACUUCUGCUAACUCGUCAGUCAGACUCAGGAUAGUUUAUUUGGACAAAUGAAAACGACUGACAAUGUUUUCACUGCUGCAUUUCUUAAAAGCUCCUUCCCUUAUUAUUACUCGCUCCACAACAUAGUUAGCAAACCACAAAUUAUGAGCUAUGUUUUCCUCUAUAUUUUUUGUCAUUUGGUGCUAUUGGUCAGCAGGUGUCACUGAAUGUUGCCAUGCAAACAUGGCUUUUAGUUCAGAGUUUGUCCAGCCUUGUGGAUGGGUGGCUAACGUUUUAGCCUAUAAACGUUUAACUUGCAUUAGACUAAUCUGAGAGCAGAAGUAAGACCGGCCUAUGCUACAGACCAGUGUGAAAUAUCUGCAGACAUGCUGAUCAAACGCUCCAGCUAACUGAACUGAAAUCAGCACAUCAAUCAACUCUCAACUAGAUGUAAUAGAGUGAAAUAUUGUAAAUAUAUUGAAAAUAAGUCCAUUUAAUGCAUCAGCCUCCGUUUGUAAAUGAUUGAAAAACAAUUAUCUAACUGACAGAUGUUAUCGCAGGGUAAAGCUGAGUCAAUCAAUCAACUAAUCUCAUACCACCAGCAUUUUUUAACUGUUUGUACCAGUCAAACCUUAGAAACCAAAUGCUGUUAAAGGAUGACACAUCUCACUCCCACCUCCACAUUCCAGGUUUGGCAUCUCCCUCUGUGCAUGCAUUAUAAAAACUACUCUUUUGUAUGUUCUGUUUUCAGCAUUUUUGGUCUCAUUUUGUGAAUGUUUUUAGUCCCCUCUCCAGUCACUAAUGUCCAAACCAACGCUUCUUUGUGCAUUCAAAACUCCUGUACCUCUCUUCCCUCCGUUUCCCCUUCGCUUUCACUUUCUUUGCAACUAUUUUCAGGUUCUUACAGUUAGUUGAAGGUGUAUUUUGCGCUUGUUUGUUGCUACUGUUAGCAUUCAGUUCAUUUCAUUUUCAUUAAUUGAAUUUGUCGGAGAGGACAGCUGUGUUCAGUUUCUCGCAAAGGGGAUGUACAGUGCGUCUAUGCCUGUGUUGAUAGGUUAUUUGUUAAAGGGCAACUUUAGUAAUAAAAUUUUCAAUUAAA